AUGAGAUGGAAAAGUUCUAUUGCUGUAUAUCCUCGACUAAUUUUUCUUUCGCUACUAUUUCUGGCCUUCUUUUUCUGGAUUCCAAAACGAACAACUGCGAUAAGAUUGAAUCCGGAACAAAUUGCUGAACGAUUACGAAUUGAGGAAACGGAUAAGUUGAUUAAAAUACAAAGAAAUAGACGACAGCUGGCAACACCUAAGGAAAUUUCUAUUUCUAUUACUGCGCCUCUGUUUUCCAGUCGAUUGUUUGAAUAUGGCCCAGAUGCUGGAGACCAGGAGUUACCGCGAAAUUUAGAUGUUGAAAAAAAGAUCAGUCUAAUUUAUCCGUUACGAUUUUAUGGUGUGGAUACAUCAAUUGUAUAUAUAUUGAGUAAUGGAGGUAUUACCAUCGAGUCGAAUAUGCGAACCUAUCGGCAAAAUAUUUUACCAAGUGAUUUAAAAUUGAUAGCAAUAUUUUGGAAUCGAAAUGACUUGCGGAACGGCGGAAGUGUUUAUUUUCGAGAAGUAGCAGCGGGACGUAUUCUGGAGCGUGGACAAAGUGAAAUCCGUUACCAGUACGAUGAAGUAGUGAAAGUGAAAACAUGUUUACUGGUUACCUGGGACAAAAUGCAACCAGUCGGCGCAGCGCCUCUGCCUGAAGAUAAUACGAACACUUUCCAAAUGGCACUUUUUAUUACUGAUAAUGGCACAUUUGCUAAUUUCAUUUACAAAAAUAUCGGUUGGACACAGGGAGCUGAGGCAGGUUUUAACAAGGGCGAUAUGAGAGAAUUUUUUGCACUCCCAACCUCUGGCACUGGUAAUAUCAUGUAUCUAGAAGAAUACGGUAAUACAGGAAUUCCUGGUGAAUGGAUGUUCAAGCUUGGCGACAGAAGUGUGGAACGAUGCAAAUCUGGCAUCAAAGGAGAUACCUGCGACGAAGAAUGCUCGACUGGUGAAUGGGGUCCAGAUUGUACAUUAUGUUGCCAUUGUGCCAGCGGUACUUGUAGUGGAACCACUGGUGAAUGUGUUGGUGGCAAAUGUUCUGAUUGCUGGACGGGGUUGCCAGCUUGUCAGGAAAAGAAAGAAGAAUGCGAAGCUGUGAUGCAAGAACAGUGUGCCCACAAUGCCAUAUCAUAUACGGAUUAUGAUCGUUGUGGUGAACCGAUCCAACGAUGUCAGUGCUUGAAAGGGUUCAAAGGUGACGGAUAUACCAUAUGUGAUGAUAUCGAUGAAUGCUUGCAACCAGGUAUGUGUCACGAAAAUGCAAUUUGUGGCAAUACCCCGGGACAUUACUUCUGCACAUGUGCGGAUGGAUUCAUCGGUGAUGGAGUGAAUGAAUGUACAAGUUCGUUGCUAUACUCAUAUAGAGGACAUCAGGAAUUACCUAAAGAUAGGAACGCUCGGGUGGUGCUACAGCUCAAACAACCACUUCAAAUAUUUGGCAAGAAGUUAGACAAAUUAAUGAUUUCAACGUUAGGAAUAAUAUCUGUAGAAGACAGCUCGAAAAUUAACGCAGGUGAUCAUCUCGCUUCCUCUGGAAUACACGGUAUAGCGCCCUUCUUUGCUAAUAUUGACAUCCGAAAAGGUGGUCAAAUAUUUGUGGACGAGACUGAUGAUCCAAAAGUGCUUUCAAGAGCCACGAAGACAGUUGCAAGCAAUAUAAAUGACAAAAAAUUCCAGGCCAAAACUGUUGUGUUGGUUACUUACGUCAAUGUUACCGAUGCUGAUCGAACGAGUCCAGGCAGUACGUUCCAAACAUUAAUUAUUGGCGGAACAAACAAACAACACCAAAAUGAAACAUAUGCACAAAUGUUGUAUAAAGACUUACCUUGGAGCGAUGGAGCUGAGGCUAGCAUUUUGACGUACGGUUCAAAAAACCCAUUAAUGUUACCUGGAUCGGGUACCAAUGAAAUAGUGCAUUUGAGUAAGAGUAGCAAUAUUGGAAAACCAGGUCAGUGGUUGUAUCGAAUUGAUUCCAACAACGUACAGAUGUGCCUUCAACCAAAUCUUCAACCUCCAUAUUGUGAAGAGUACAAGAUCACGGAUGAUUCGAUAUCUGUCACUUCACCAAAUUUAGGAGAGACAGAAAUAUCAGAGCAAACUCAUCGUUCUUCUGUCCCGGAAUUGGAUAAGUUGACCGAUGAACUUGUCGAGAUUCCCGGACCUCAAAUAAUUCAUCCGGUACUUAUCGAGCCACCACCUUCAUCUCACAUUCAAUCUGCAGUAGAAAUGGAACUUGGCGAGCACAGUUCUGGAAGUGUUAGGGAUGAAGAAGAAUGGACGAAGAACCCAAUAACACCACACAUACCACUCAUUUCACUGGAUCGUCAUGAUAUCGAAGAUUUACCACCAGACGCCUUCGAGGUCACAUUCCCACCCUUUAUCACCGUUAUACCACGACUGUUUACCAGUGUUGAUAAUACAGAGAGAGGAUUACCAUCAAUUCACCCAGUGGGAAAUGGAACACAAGCUAGACAACCAGAAACUUUUGAGAUUCCACCAACGGUAUUGUCAACUAAUUCUGUUGUUGAUACUAGUCGACCUGAAGUGCUUCCGGAAACUUCUAAACUACCUCCAGUAUCAUCAACGCAAUCUGUAGAGGGUAUUAGGCCUCUGCAGAAAGUUAAACCGGAAGAAAUUAAUUUUGACAAAGAUGAACAAAUAAUCAAUCUUUUUCGACCUGAUGACGAUUCUGUUGAUAAUAGACUUGAACCAGAUAAAGAAAACGGACCUUCUGAGAAGUCAAUAUCAACAGAUUCGCCAAUGCAAAGCUUGUCUCCGGAAGAUGAAAGAGAUUAUAUGACACUGAGCACUACCAAUAAACCACUCUUCAUUUUUACUACAUUACCAAAAAAAAGGCCUAUGCCGACAAAACCAAAAUUGGUACCAGCGCACGGUACAGCUUUUACAACACCAUAUGGUCCAUACGACGUUCGAAACGAAGUCAAGAUUGAAGCAUCCAGCAGCAAUCUCGCCGUUAUUAUUCCGACAGCGAUCAUUGCAGUAUGGCUAUUAUUACUUGCAGUUAUAGCAUUGUUUUGCUGCUGUCGAAGGAAGCGAGCGGAACGUCACUUCAGGGACAUGUACUUCCCAAAUCAUCAGCAAAUUCAUCCUAUUACCACGACGUUUGCGAUGCGAAAGGAUUCGAAGCAUUUCGAUGGAUCUUACGAAGACCAUCCGGAUAAAGCAGCACGGCUUAGCUCCGAGCUCAGUUCAUACAAUCAGAACGGUCGUGUAUCCUUAUAUGGCUCCUAUUGGAACCUAGCAAGCAAUGCUUCUAAUAGUUCAGCAAACGGUUUGCCUACUGGCAGUAGGCAAAAUCCAUUUUCACAGUACAGUGCGCAACAGCGAUAUAUUUAUGGCUCUCGAUACUGA